AUAAAAUGAAAGUUCGAAUUAUUUUUAAUGCAUUUAUGUUUUUUAAUUUUUUUAAAUUUUCACUUAAAUUUUUACAAUGAUUUUCUACAUCCAUUUCUUUUUCUUUUUUUAAAAAUUAGUCUCAUCUUAGAAAAAAUAGAUAUAAAAAUAGCAAAAAUGAGAACAAUAACUAAAACCAUAAACAAUUAAUAUAAUACAUAAGGGUUUAUAUUCAUAAUGGAAACCCUAAUCAAUCGGAAAACCACCCGUUCGACGUCCUCCGACAACAACGGUUAUAAGCCACAGCGGUUGCUCAAGGAUUUCCUCAAUGAGGAUGAUUAUCACCACCAUCCAAAAGAGUCAUCCAAGCUUAUGGCGCCGGCGGCGGCCACCUCCCGAGGCGGCUGCUCUAAGACGGCGGCAUCCACCGCCAUCUCCGCCAUUCCCAGGGCGAUGCUCGGCAUCGUUGUGAGGCUCAUAAUACCCUUUCGUGCCUCGUCGAGAAAGAGCGUUGACCUCCAUGAGGGGCCCACCGCAAGGCUGAAAGUCAAAGACAUUCUGCGGUGGGACGACCUCACAGAGGAAGAAUGUGAUAAGUUUACAGUGUCGUUAUAUCACGACGUCGUGUAUUUCGACUCGAUGAAUAGGUGCACCACAGCUACCACAUCCGCGGCAAGUAGCGGGAAGUCUAGCUGGUGCGAUAGCAAUUUUACGGCCGGGGAUUUUUCUGCAUCUCUGGGAAAAAUCCCUGGCCUAGGGGAAGUUGAGAAGGUUGGGAAGGAGAAUGUUUUUUCAUGUGAUGAGAGUGUCGGUGGGCAUUUCAGGGAAGUAAAUCAAAUGGUCCCACAGUUAGAUUUGGGGUAUGAGGAGAAGGAGCAACACAGUCCUGUCUCUAUAUUAGACGACUCACCUUUCAGAGAUGAAGACCAAGAAACCUUCUCUUCCAAUCCAAUCCUCCAUGAAUGCAACAAUAAUGGUGUUAGGAGGUGUUGCUACAAUAACCAAGAGUGCUCAUCAUCAUAUGAGUGGGAGAUUGAAGAGAAGAGAGAAGCUUACAUUAGAGAUAUGGAGAUGGCAGCUGGGGGGAUGACAAGCUGGCACAAGUUUGAGGAAGAAAAAGACCACAUUUGCUUCCACUUGGAGCUUCAAGUCCUAAGAGACUUGGUUGAUGAAGCUUUGCUGGACCUUUUUUUACCUGCAAAAUUGAUUUAUUAGUAAAGUUCUUCUCACCCCGAAACGGUUCUUACCCAUCUAACUCCUCCCUCUCUCAUGUUACACCAUUUUGAUGCUGUAAGCAUAAUGGUAAAACAUGAGGAAUGAGGAAAGAUAGAAGACGAGCUCAGAGGUUUGCAGGGGGUUAGAGAAAGUAUUGUUCCGGGAUAAGACAGAACUU